AUGGCGAGGCCCUCGAGCGACAGGUCCCCGGCCCCACAGCUGCUGGGCGGUCCGGCGGGAGGCGCGGCACUGCACGGCCUGCGAAGCCUCCUGCAGGGGCCCGGGAAGACCAAGGAGCCGCCGGCCAGCUGUCUCCUGAAGGAGAAGGAGCGCAAGGCGGCGGCCGCAGGCAGCGAGGAAGUAGGUGGCCUUUUGGGGGUCUCGGGCCGGCCCCGUUCGGGCCCGGGCCCCGGCGCCCUGUUGGCCUCGCUGCUGUGGGAACGGCCGCUGCCCUUCGGGGACGUGGACGACGUGGACCUGGACGCCUUCCUGCUGGAGCACGGGCUGCCGCCCAGCCCCCCGGACCCCGGGCCGCCCGCACCCCGCGCAGCUCCCGCCCCUAACGCCGCCGCCCCGUCCUGCUCCUCGGGAUCCUCUUCCCCGGCCCAGUCCAGCUCUUCCUCCCCCGUGCCCACGCCCGCGCCAGCUUCUCCACGGCUGUCCCCGGGGGGACACGUACUGGGACGCAGAGCCCCGGGCGCAGGUGGCUCGGGCUCUCAGCGAGCAGUCCCGGCCUCCCGGGACACCCCCAGCCCGGUGGACCCCGAAUCUGUGGAGGUGCUGAUGACCUUUGACCCCGACCCAGCCGACCUGGCCCUGUCUAGCGUGCCAGGCCAGGACACCUUUGACCCCCGGAAGCACCGCUUCUCCGAGGAGGAGCUGAAGCCCCAGCCCAUCAUGAAGAAGGCUCGGAAGAUCCAGGUGCCCGAGGAGCAGAAGGAUGAGAAGUACUGGAGUCGGCGCUACAAGAACAACGAGGCUGCCAAGCGCUCUCGGGAUGCCCGGCGGCUGAAGGAGAACCAGAUCUCAGUCCGGGCGGCCUUCCUGGAGAAGGAGAAUGCCCUGCUCAGACAGGAGGUGGUAGCAGUUCGGCAGGAGCUCUCCCACUACCGGGCCGUGCUGUCCCGCUACCAGGCCCAGCAUGGGGCCCUGUGAUGCUGUGGCCUCCCUAGUGCCCCCCACCCCCACUCUGGCCAGCCCCAUCCCUGGACACUGCCUCCUGGCCCGACUGGCUGCCAGCUGGGGGGGGGAAGGGGAACGGACCCUGGGCCCCUCACCCCAAGUUCUCAGCAUACUGGGACCAGCAGGCUCUUCCCAGGAACACUACCAGCUGGACCUUGUGUGGCCCUGGGCGGGACUUGGGCCUCCCCCCUGGGGAUGAGAGGAUACCCCCAGCAGCCCCAUCACUGUCCCUCGAACUCUUCCCCCUGCCUGCCCGCUAGUGUGGCCAGGGGCCGGACAUCUGGGCUCCCUGAGGGGCUGAGGCCCAGGGAACGUAGGGCAAGGUGCUGAGAUGAUGAUAAAUCUAUCUAUAUAUAUAUAUUUUUUAAGGAAAAGACUAGAGCCCUUCUCCUCCUCCCAGCUGAGGGGGGUCGGGGGAGAGAAGACUCAGGAGCUGGGGGUGCCCCCUCCCAUUCCUUUGCUCCCUGGCCCUCUCCAAUUGAAUAACUCCAAUAAACCAUGAGAAGCCGAGCA